AUGGAGGUGCGUGACUGUCGCCUGGUCGGUCUGCUGGACCUCGCCCUGGAGAAGGAUUACGUCAGGGGCAAGGUGGCCGGCUUCAUGAACAAGCUGAUCGACAUGGGCGUGGCUGGAUUCAGAGUGGACGCCUGCAAGCACAUGUGGCCCGGCGACCUGGCUGCCGUCUACGGCCGUCUGCACAACCUCAACACCAAGUGGUUCUCAGGUGGCUCCAGACCCUUCAUCUUCCAGGAGGUUAUUGAUCUGGGAGGUGAGCCCAUCACAUCCAGGGAAUACUUCCAUCUGGGAAGAGUAACUGAGUUUAAAUAUGGAGCCAGACUGGGAGGAAUCUUCAGAAAGUGGAACGGCGAUAAGUUGUCUUACACCAGGAACUGGGGAGAGGGUUGGGGUUUUAUGCCCAACGGCAACGCUUUCGUCUUCGUUGACAACCACGACAACCAGAGAGGCCACGGUGCCGGUGGAGCUUCCAUCGUCACCUUCUGGGACCCCAAGCUCUACAAGAUGGCUGUUGCCUACAUGCUGGCUCACCCUUACGGAGUACCCAGGGUGAUGUCAAGCUUCCGCUGGAACCGACACUUUGUGAACGGAAAGGACCAGAAUGACUGGAUGGGACCUCCCAGCCACGGUGAUGGAUCCACCAAGUCAGUUCCCAUCAACGCUGAUCAGACCUGUGGAGACGGAUGGGUGUGUGAGCACAGAUGGCGUCAGAUCAAGAACAUGGUCAAGUUCCGUAAUGUGGUCAACGGACAGCCUCACUCCAACUGGUGGGACAACAAGAGCAACCAGGUCGCCUUCGGACGUGGAAAUCGUGGUUUCAUCGUCUUUAACAAUGACGACUGGGAUCUGGAUGUGACCCUGAACACCGGCAUGCCCGGUGGCACCUAUUGUGACGUCAUUUCCGGCCAGAAGGAAGGAAACAGGUGCACUGGGAAGCAAAUCCACGUUGGAGGUGACGGCCGUGCUCACUUCAAGAUCAGCAACAGAGACGAGGACCCCUACGUUGCUAUCCACGCCGAAUCCAAACUGUAAAA